CCCUUUAAGCCACUGCGCGCUCCUUUUCAUAGCGCGCUCCCGUGUUCGACGAGGAAGUCCCGUCGUUUGUUCAGAAGUACCGCUACGCUAAAGGAGAUUGCAGAUGUGACGUGUUUCUCGCUUCAACAAACCUAUCCCCCAACCUUGACGUGCAUGGGAUAGAGACGUUUGAGAAUGUUUUUAGCAACGGAGAUCAAGCUUUCAGUGAUGGAUGUUAAACCCUAGAUAGACCUCAGAGCACUAUCAACACCCUCUCCUCCUCUUCCUGCUCAUCACCAUGGACUCCCCUUCUAAGAAGUCCGGUGUGUUGUCCCACCUGCGGCAUCGCGCCCAGCCCCUCCUCUCUACCCUCCGACGGGGCAGGAAGAACACCAGUAAGACUGAGGUGUGUCCAGAACAUGUCUUAAACCACAGGAUGAGUUCCUCUGUCCCAGACAUCACCCCCACCUCCUCCCUGGCCCAGCAGGACUACCAGACCUACAGCAGCCCCAACACUCCCACCAUUAAGACUGUUGGAGACAGAAGGCAGGUAGGAGGUGCUAGCUCUCACACCGUUAACACGGCUGGGAGUGCUGGGAGCGACGCUGCUCUAAACAGACUGAGUGUCCCGGUGGACCAGGCUGACUGGACGUCCCAGGAGUCGGUGUGUAGUGAACCCAGUGCUGCUCCUUAUGAGGAGGAGGACCUGUCAGAGGAGAGCCAUGUGCUGAGAGCUGCUUCUGCUGGAGGGGGGUCAGGGACAGAGGACAUGGAGCUGCAGGACCACACGGGACACUGUAGUGAACACACUACCACUCCCAUUGGCCUGCACAGCAGAGAGAUCCCCUCAGUGGAGAUAUCAGAGGACAUGACUCAGCAGAACGGUGACAGCCAUGACCUUGAGGCCCAAACAUCACAAGACACGGAGAACAACAGUUUUGAGAUUGGGAGUCCUACUGAGAUGCUGAGUGUAUCCGACAGCACCAGAGAGUCCCAGAGGUCCUACCUCCUCUCUAUCAACCUGAAGCAAGGACGCAACCUGGUCAUCAGAGACCGCUGUGGUACAAGUGAUCCUUAUGUAAAGUUUAAACUGGAUGGGAAGACACUAUACAAGAGCAAAGUGGUUUAUAAGAACCUCAACCCAACAUGGAACGAGUCCUUCUCUUUCCCUGUCAGAGACCUGGACCAGAGACUGUAUAUUAAGGUGUAUGACCGGGAUCUGACCAUGGAUGACUUCAUGGGAUCCAGCUACAUUCUCCUCAGUGAUCUGGAGAUGGAAAAGGUGUGUGAGCUGUCCGUGCGUCUGGACGACCCCAACAGUCUGGAGGAGGACAUGGGAGUCAUCAUGCUGGACAUGUCUCUCUCUCUUAGGGAUAGAGACAACGAGAGGAACUCUAGGUGGCCUAAGAGGAAGAGGAGUAUCAGGUCUCCGCUGGCCCAGAGUGGUCGUCUAUCAGAGUCUCUGAGGAAGUCUCAGCUGUGGUCAGGUGUAGUGGGGGUGACCCUGGUGGAGGGACAGGACCUGCCAGAGGACGGACCUGGAGAGCUGUUUGUUCGAUUCAGACUGGGGGAGCAGAGAUACAAGAGCAGGAACCAGCCCAAGAAGGCCAACCCCCAGUGGAGGGAGAGGUUUGACUUCAACCGGUUCCCGGAGGGUCCUGGGGUCCUGGAGAUAGAGGUCUGGAACAAAGAGGGACGCAAAUAUGAGGAGUGUUACGGCAUGUGUGAGGUGGACCUGUCCAGUGUUCUACCCAACCAGUCUCAGCUGUUCACGCGGGUUCUGAAAGAGGGAAAAGGUCGUGUGGUCUUCCUGAUCACUCUGAGCACGUGUAGUGGCGUCUCCAUCUCCGACAUGUGUGCCCCGCCCCUCGAGGAGCCUCAGGAGAGAGAGAAAACUCUGGAGAAAUACAGUUUCAAAAGUUCCUUCAGGAACCUCCGGGAUGUUGGUUUCCUUCAAGUUAAGAUUAUCAAGGCUACUGAUCUGUUGGCAGCUGAUUUAAAUGGGAAGAGUGAUCCGUUCUGUGUUUUGGAGUUGGGGAACGACAGACUGCAGACUCACACCAUCUAUAAAACCCUCAACCCCAACUGGAACAAAGUCUUCACCUUCCCAGUAAAAGACAUCCAUGAUAUUCUGGAGCUGACCAUCUUUGAUGAGGAUGGAGACAAAGCACCUGACUUCCUGGGCAAAGUGGCCAUUCCUCUGCUUUCUAUCCACAAUGGUCAACCGAUCUGCUGUCCCCUGAAGAAAGAGGAUCUGGGGUGUCUGUCUAAAGGAAGCAUCUCCCUAGAGCUGGAGCUCGUCUUCAACCCAGUCAGAGCAGCUAUCAGAACAUUUAAACCAAAGGAGAAGAAAUUCAUGGAAGACAAUCCAAAGUUUUCUAAAAAGAUGUUGGCGCGUAACGUGUACCGCGUGCGUAACCUUUACAGAGCAGUGCAAUCCACAUUCCAGUACAUCAACAGCUGUUUCCAGUGGGAGAGUUUCCAGAGGAGUCUCAUAGCCUUCCUGAUAUUCCUGCUGGCGGUGUGGCAUUGGGAGUUCUACAUGUUGCCUCUCUGUCUGGUUUUGCUCAUCACAUGGAACUAUCUUCAGAUUGCAUCUGGAAGGGCCAACCAGGACCUGGAUAAUAUGGACUUGGGCGAUGAAGAUGAUGAAGAUGAAAAGGAAUCCGAGAAGAGAGGUUUGAUGGAAAAAAUUCACAUGGUUCAAGAGACUGUCAUCACUGUCCAAAACCUGUUGGAGGAAAUCGCAUGCUUCGGGGAGAGAAUUAAGAACACCUUUAACUGGUCAGUACCGUUCCUCUCCAACCUUGCCUUCCUUAUCCUGGUGACAGUAACAGUUCUGACAUACUUCAUCCCUGUACGAUAUAUCCUUCUAGUAUGGGGAAUUAAUAAAUUCACCAAGAAAUUACGGGCCCCGUACGCCAUCGACAACAAUGAGGUGUUUGAUUUCCUGAGGAGAGUUCCUUCAGAUGUUCACAAGGUGCAGUACAGCGAGCUGAAGACUUUGAGCGCCCAGAGUCCUCUGAGGAGGAAGAGAACCAUUGAGAGGAGGUGAUGGAGGAGUGGUCCCCAAUGGAAGACAUGGCCAUGUGCACACUGUUGCCGCUUCAGACUCAUACCCUUUGUGGAACUGGGCGUAUAGUGGAGGAUAUGCAGGCCAUAUCUGGAUCAUAUUCCUCUAUGUUCAGAAUUGGUUAGAAAACUGCUCCUGGGUUACUGGUCCUCUGUAGCUCAGUUUGUAGAACAUGGCACUUGCUGUGCCAGGAUAGUGGGUACAAUUCCUGAGAUCACCCAUAUGUAUACACGCAUAACUAUGUCUCUUUGGGAUAAAAGCAUCUGCUACAUUGCGUCUAUACUGAACAAAAAUGGCAACGCAACAUGCAACAAUUUCAAAGAUUUUACUGACUUACAGUUUGUAGAAGAAAAUCAGUCAAUUGAAAUUAAUUAUUUCAGCCCUAAUCAAUGGAUUUCUCAUGACUGGGCCGGGAUGCAGGUGGGUGGAUUAUCUUGGCAAAGGAGAAAUGCUCACUAACAGAGGAAUGUAAAGCUUUUUGUACGCACGGAACAAUUCUGGGAUUUUUUAUUUCAACUCAUGAAAUAUGGGACCAACACUUUACAUGUUGCGUUUGUAUGUGUUCAGUGUCUAUUAGCAGUCAGACAUGGAUAUUGUAUCACCAGCAGGCUGAAGAUCACCAGCGUGGUUUCCACCUACUCUACAUCAACAUGGCUUCAACACUGACUUUCGUUCAACACUUUUUAUAAUAUUGUUCACUUAUUUUUGUUUUAUUGAAAGAUACUAUUUAAUCAAAAACAGUUUUAUCCUGAUUUGUUCUUCUCCACUUUUCUGACUUUUUAAAAUGUAUUUCUGUUUUAAGUAUCUACAAUUGUAGUUUUGUAUUUUUAGGAGAGAUGUCUGAAUGAAUCAAAAU